AAAAGAUAAAAAAUGGAAAAUUCUUCUUCCCGAUUCUUGGGCGAUCGACAAAUCAUCGACAAAACCCAAUUCAUUCGGCUCAUCCUCCAAUCCCUCUCCUCUCUCGGAUUCUCCAGAUCCGCAUCCGCCCUCGAAUCCGAAUCCGGGAUCCCCUCGAACCCCCCAGAGUACUCCGCCAUCUCCUCCCAAACCCUAGCCGGCGAAUGGGACGAUCUCAUCUCCACCAUCGACUCAAUCCCCGACGUCGAUCUCGAUUCGAGGUCGAUCGCCCGGUUCCUGGUCUGGAAAGAACAGUUCUUGGAGAUUCUGGGGUUGGACGAGGAACAAAAUGGGGUUGUUUUGGCGAGGAAUUUGCUGUGGGAGAGGAUCUCGGGUUUGGAUUUGGACCGGAAGCGGGUUCAUCGGCUGGCUAGGGUUUUGAUUGACGGGGAGGGGGUCGUGGGAGCUGAGGAGAAGGAGAGGAGGAGGUUGGGCUUGUUGUCUGAUUUGGUGGGUUUGAUGCCGGAGAGGGUUAGGGUUCCGCCGAGCGGGAGGCUGGAGGAGUUGGUCGAGAUGGCGGUGAUGAGGCAGCUGGAUUCUUGCUUUUAUCAUAAUUCACCGAGGGAGGUUUGUUUGUACGAGGAUCAUGAGUGUGGUAGGGAGCAGAUUCCUUCCAAGUGUAGCCAGAUAUUACAUGACCAUAAAAAUGAAGUAUGGUUUGUACAAUUUUCAAACAGCGGGAAGUACUUGGCAUCUUCUUCUAGUGAUUGCACAGCCAUCAUUUGGAUGGUGAAAGAAGAUGAUACCCUGUUGUUGAAGCACUGUAUAAGCGGUCAUGGUAAACCUGUCUCCUUCGUGGCAUGGAGUCCUGAUGACACAAUGCUGCUCACAUGUGGCAAUAAAGAAGUCCUGAAAUUGUGGGACGUUGAUACUGGCAUUUGCAAGUUAACAUUUGGUAGCCCCGCUGACUGUGUAAUUAGCUCAUGUGCAUGGUUUCCCGAUUCAAAGAAAAUAGUAUGUGGCAGCAGUGAGCCCCAUAAUCGCAUAUGGACUUGUGACUUUGAAGGUAAUGAGCUUGAAGUUUGGGAAGGGGAACGGAUACCGAAGGUUUCAGAUCUUGCUGUAACACCUGAAGGCAACCAUCUGAUCAUAUGUUCCAGCAGAGAAAUUUGGGUACGGGAUUUCCCGAGGGGAAAGGAAUGGGUCAUCAGCGAGGAACAUUCUAUUACAUCACUUUCUGUGUCCAGUGAUGGACAGUUUUUGAUUGUGAACCUUAACAGUCAGGAAAUUCAUUUGUGGAGUAUUCUAGGGAAUUGCAAAGUCGCAGAUAGGUUCACGGGACACAAGCAGGGGAAGUAUGUAAUUCGGUCUUGUUUUGGAGGAUCAAAUAGCUUAUUCAUUGCCAGCGGCAGUGAAGAUUCACAGGUUUACAUCUGGCAUCGGCAUCAAGGAAAGCCUAUUCAAGUUUUAUCAGGUCAUUCAAUGACUGUUAACUCUGUCAGCUGGAAUCCCACGAAGCCUCAUAUGUUGGCAUCGGCAAGCGAUGACCGCACUGUUCGAAUAUGGGUUGGCAGCAGAAACCCUUGCCAGAGCCCCUUCCCUUGAGUUCUCUUGUGUGGAUAAAAAGUUCUGCAUCUGUACAUAUUUGUAAAAUCAGAGAUGUAACUUUUCUGGAAGGCAUGAAGAUUUUUUUUGUUGUACAUUUAAUUGAAUAAUGUGAAUUAUGAUUUUGCGGUAAAACCGCGUGAAAUAGUUAAUGUGUUAUUGAAUUGCUCUUUAGCAAGAUUCAUUCAAAUUUCAAA